GUGGCGUCCGGGUAGCAUCCUGACCAGAUGCACGAACCAGUCGCUCUUCGUGGCAAAUUUUGGCAGAAAAUUUAUUUGAAAACUGAGCGAUACAAAAAGUGGGGAGUUGGAAAACAAAGGUACCGCCGUAGGUUAAAGUGCAUUUUAGGUUCAUCCAAAUAUUCCGCCCAAAGCCGAACAUCGCUAACUUUCUGUAAGUAGCGUAUAUUAAGCAGUAUUCUCUCCAGACUUCGUUCGCUAAUUCGGUUUUAUUUCAAACAUAAAUACCAAAGUUACUUUGAGGAACGUCACUCAUUCUCUAGCACGAUUCGACAUAUGUUUGAGCGAUGACAGAUUGUUUGUUCACUUCCUUUCCUUCUCGGUGUCAUUGUUACUAUCAUGACAGAAGUGUCUAACUGUAAUGAGUCUCUGCACAAUAACUUGUUCUUUAUAGCAAGUAAUCAUCCAUUUCUCUUGCAGGACUGCAACUGUUCCACACCUGCCUCAAUGAAGAAGUACCUCUUCCUCUGCAUCUCCUGCGUUCUAACGCUGGGUCUUCUUUACAGCUGGGUGACACGACCCUUGUCGCCAGCUGCUUUCUUCUUUGACAACUCAGGGCAACCCAACGUGACCAUCCUGCUGUGGCACUGGCCCUUUGGCGGAACUUUUGACCUCCACUGGGAUGUGUGCUGGGACCUCUGCAAAAUCCCAAACUGCAGAGUCGUGGCGCAGAGGUCCUUGUUUUUGGAAGCGAACGUGGUGGUGUUCCAUAACCGAGAGCUGGUAACAGGAAAGGAGAAACUUCCACUUGAGCUACGGAGGCCGCCGGGCCAGAGGUGGGCUUGGAUGUCUCUGGAGUCCCCAGUGCAUAACGGGGACCGAAGCAGAUUAGCUGGUGUGUUCAACCUCACCGUGAACUACAGGAGGGACGCAGAUGUUACCAUACCAUACGGUGAGUUUUUACCACGAGACUCUGAAGAUCCAGUAGAGGACAUUCCACAGAAUAAAACUGAUCUGGUCUGUUGGGUGGUCAGCAACUACAAGGAUUCCGACAGAAGAAGCAAAGUGUACAAAGAACUCAGCGCUGUCAUUCCUGUAAAGGUCUAUGGGGACUGGUCAAAUAAUCCUCUUGCUUCCGAAGACCUUCUUCCUACAAUAUCUCGCUGCUACUUCUAUUUGGCCUUCGAGAACAGCAUCGCCAAAGACUACAUCACGGAGAAACUGUGGUGGAAUUCUUACAAAUCUGGGGCGGUUCCGAUCGUCCUGGGACCGCCGGUGGCGGAUUACGAGGCUGUGACACCACCGCACUCUUUCAUCCACGUCGACGAGUUUGCAUCUGUGAAAGAACUCGCCGAGUACCUGCAGCAGCUGGCGGGCGACGUCGAGCUCUAUGGCGAGUAUCUGCAAUGGAGGAAGGAUUGGAAGGUGCAAAUGUACGAGUGGCGCUGGAGACUGUGUCAGAUCUGCGUGCAGUACCCCAGCUUCCCUGAGCACAAAGUCUACACUGACCUGGCAGCCUGGGAUGACGCUGCAUAGAAGCAACGCAAGUCCAGGCAGGAAACAUGUAUCCCACGUGACAAAGUUGUGUUUCCCAAAACUGCUGUAAAACUAUUCUAUCAAUUUCUCUAGACAAUCAUUUAAUCUCAACUGGACUGUCGAGUUUGUCUCAGGACGCUUUGCCUCUCAUCCGAGCAGAGAGAUCUAGAAGCGAUUUAAUCGACUAGAUCCGACCAAUCUUCUCAUUCAUCAAGGUCAUUGUGUUCUCAGAGCAUUCCAAUCUAUGGUAUCUGGACUGUUCAGUUUGUCAGUCCUAACGACUGAUGGGCUGGUAGAGGACUCUAUAUUCUCUGCAUUUUAACAGCGGCCAUCUUAACUUGCCACACAAUACCGCAAAGCCAGCUGUCGUGAUCAAUGGUCCGGAUCAUGUUUUUUUAGUUAUGUUCUGUUAGUUUUGGACUUCCUUAGUUGUUUUGUGCACUUCAGGGGUUUCCGGAAAGUUUCCGCAAAUUUACCGGAAACUUUUCACCCCUUUGCAACCCUACACACAGAUAUAAAUAGUCAGCUAAACUAUUGGAGUAGUCUUUAAAAAUGUCAUAGUUUGUUGGUGACGUACCCCAAGAUGCAGAGACGGCAGGCAUUGAACGGGAAAACAUGAUUUAAUUAAACACUAUAGCAAAAACAAACAAAAGGGAACAAACGAAAGGCGCGCACAAGGCGGAGAACAAACUAGGCUAUGAACUAAAAUAGCACAAAGGCUAACUGUGGACAAGAAACAAACACUUACUGUGACACGAAUAAACAAAACUCACGUGGCAAGAAACGAGCAGGAUGAACUAUGAUAGGAACAGAGUGGACAGAAGUAGACAGAGCUACAACAACAAGUAUAAAUGACAAUAAUCCAGCCGUGACUGGAGGGCAGGACAGGUUUAAAUAGCAGCUGGCUGACUGACACCAGGUGUGGCCAGGUGCCAAUCAGCCACAGCUGAGGGGAAAAAGCACUCAGGGAGACAAUCAGGAAAUAACCAAAAUAAGUGUGCUGACAGGAACUAAAAACAGGAAACCAAGACAAACACAGAGGAAAACUAAAACUUGACCAAACUGUCAGGGACAACUCUGACAAAAAAUAUUUUACUGAUGGACAAAUGAAUAGAAAUAGGCCUGACUGGAUGAAGUCCUUUGGGCUCAAAUACUUGUGUGGCCUCAAUAGCCCUGCUGUAGUGUGCUGGGAAUUAUCUGUGCAUGUGAUGGAGGAAUGCACAGUGCAGGGUUGAAAAUCAACUGAAUUUGCAUUAAAUCAGGUUGUUUUAGCUAAUAAUCAUGCUGCAAGAUCUAACAUGUUGCAUUCAAUGUUUAUUCCCAUUCAUUUCCCAUCAAUUCCCAUAUAUUCCCGUUAAUUCCCAUGGAACGUUUCCAACUUUGAAUACUCCCGGCAUUUUGCAACCCUAUCUGUGUGUGGCAUUGCAUUAGUGUUUUACACACUUCUCAUCUUAUUCUACAGAAUAAGACAGACGGUGUCCAACUUUGAAUGAUCAAAAAAUUGUCAACAUUUCCAAACUUCCCGAGCUUAACUUCCCGUGGCAAAUUUCCUUAAAAGUUUCCGGAAAUUUACCGGAAACUUUCCACCCCUUUGGAACCCUAAUCCAGACUCUCACCAACAUGUAAGAAAGUGGCACUGUAAACUAUUGAAGUGAAUGAAUUAACAUAUGGUGAAUGUUUAUUUUCACCUUGGAGAAAGCAAACCAACAAGUUGAAUUAAAUAGUGGUAUUUCAGUUUUGAGCACAUGAUAAGAUAAGGCCCCUUAGUGUGACAUUCGCAGGUGGAUUGGAUCACUUCUCGUAGGGAAAAGAGGCUCUAAUUGGGACUUCGGAAUGCAAAAGUGAUAACCCUUAUCCUUGAGAAAAGACUACCUGUCUAGCUCAACUCCAACAUUUAAGUUAUGACUUAAAGCAGUUGUUUUCCAGCCACUUACACACGAACAUCUCCUUUUAUGGUCGGGAUGCGCUCUCCCGACUUAGCACACGCACCCGGAGACAGAAAAGGAGGAAUAUAAGAUGGUUUGGCUUCUCCAAGUUAGGAGUCUUUCAUUUUCCAGGUACUGCAGACCUGCUUAAUGAGGCUCGCUUGUAAUAAUCGAUCGGACAAAUUAUUUGAACGUUUUCUGCAGUGCCGUUAUAAAAUGAAUAUAGUGUACUUUCUGAAUGAUUCAAAAUACGCCUGCGAGGAGUGUGGAGGGAUUUUUGGAUCAAGAAAUGUCUUGGCCUCAUUCAGGGGUUGAAACAUUUCCUGCCACUUUGUUGCACUUCCUGUGUGUUUGCCAGCCCGGAACUGCUGCUUGUCAUCCAGAGAGUCAAAUGGGGGGAAAAGUAAAACGAAUCUUUGAAUAAUUACUUGAAUGUAUCAUUGAUUAUUUGAAUAAAACCCAUAAAUGAGGCACCAUUUGUUGUUAUUCAAUUAGUAAUUUCAAUAUGUACUAGUGUUGUCCCCAUACUUUUCGGUACUUUUCGAUACUUUUCUAAAUAAAGUCAUUAUUUCACCAAAAAAUCUUUGAAAAAUUGAAUCCUGUCUCUAUUUGAUUCCUUUGCUUCUUGUCUUGUCUAAUAGAUGUCACCGGUGUUUGAACCUGACAGUACCGAUACUUUUCGGUACUUUUCGAUACUUUUUUAAAUAAAGUCAUAUUACCAAAUAAAUCGUUGAAAAAUUGAAUCCUGUCUCUAU